AUGACCACGAAAAGUCGGGGUCAUCAGUUAUACGAUUUAAUUGAUGAAUUUGAUCUAUGUGUCCUUAAUAAUGGUAACUUCACUACUAUUAAUUAUCCUAACCGAAAUCCAUCGGCUAUUGAUGUCAGCUUUUGUAGUGCUCCAAUCACUCCACUAUGCGAAUGGUGGGUGCAUGAUGAUUGUAUGGGGAGCUAUCAUUUUCCUACACUUACUCGUGUUUUAUUGUCCGUUGAUAGAUACCAAAUUAAUCCUCCCAUUGAAAAAUUCUUAUACAACAAGACAGACUGGACGAAAUACAAUGAGCUAUCUAUAUCUGCUUUUUCAAAUUUUGAAGUUAAUAAUGAGAAUCCAUUACAGUCAUAUGAUGAAUUCAUCGAAAGGCUUGUUACACUUAAGAGGGAUACUGUGCCAAAGUUUGUCAAAUCAAAUAACUAUCGUUGCAAACCUCCAGCACCUUGGUGGAAUGACACUUGUGAACAGAGUGUUAUUAAAACUUAUAAAGCUUUAAAACUGUACAGAAGGGAUCCAACCAUUGAUAAUUACAUUAAUUACAAAAGACUUGAUGCUGUUAAGAAAAAGACUAUUUCAGAACAUAAACGCAAUGGUUGGGCUAACAUCUGUAAUAUUUUUAGCAGAACUACACCUGUUAGUAUUAUUUGGAAAUACAUCAAGUUAUUUAAACGAAUAAAAUGUAAUAAUAUAACAUAUAAAGACGAAUUUUUUGUCCCUCUAUUAGAAAAAUUAUCUCAAAAUGAAUGUAGGGUUAUUGAUAAUCUAGAAAGUUAUUUUCAAAUUAAUAAUAGCAUUCAGAAGUCCAGUUUCCUCAUAGAACCCUUUACUUGGAGUGAGUUUUGUACGAGUUUACAAUCCAGACGAAACACAACCCCUGGUUUAGAUGAUUGUCCAUACAUUUUGAUCAAAAACCUAAAUCAGUCUGUUCAAAAGAAACUAUUAGCUAAUCUUAAUGCUCUUUGGCACUUAAAAAAAAUUCCUGAAUCUUGGAAAACACAGUGUGUAAUCCCUAUACUUAAGCUUGACAAGCCACCUGAAGAUCCUAACUCAUAUCGUCCCAUAUCAUUGUCAUCUUGUGUUGGAAAGCUGAAUGAAAACAUGAUAAAGAUGCGUCUUGAGUGUUACGUAGAGGCGAACAACAUCAUUCCACAUGUUCAAUAUGGCUUCCGGAGAGGGCGAAGUUGUGCUGACAGCUUCAUCUCUCUCUUGUCAGAUCUGAAAUAUGCCAAUAAUAAUAAUAAGUCCAGUGUUUGUGUUUUUCUGGAUGUUCAAGGUGCGUUUGAUAAUGUAGACCCUGGCAUAUUGGUUCAACUUCUUUCUGACACUGGUAUACCAGACCAUAAUGUAGAUAGAGCUGUUAAUAGUAUAAAUAAGGCUUUAGAUCAAUUGUACAUAUAUUAUAAUGACAGGCUGGCUCUACAGAUUAACCCCAACAAAAGCAAGGCCAUGAUUUUUAGUAAAGAUUUUCCCUCUAAUGGCAUACUCUACAAUAAUCAUCAAAUAUCAGUUGUACCUAACCAUAAAUUCCUGGGAGUUGUCAUUGAUAACAAACUUUGUUUUGAUUUACAUAUUAAUCACAUUAUAACUAACUCUCUUAAGGGCUUAAAUAUAAUAAGAUGUUUAGCUGGUGUGACUUGGGGUGCAGAUCCCAAAGUUUUAAGUAUGUUAUAUAGAUCUAUAGUCAGAAGCCACUUCGACUACAGUUGUUUAGCCUAUUCAAAUAGUAGAUGUGUAAAAAAACUAGACAUAAUUCAAAACAAAGCCCUACGAAUUAUUUCUGGGGCUAUGUGUUCAACUCCCAUACGAGCUAUGGAAGUUGAAACCAAAAUAAUGCCACUGUGUAUUAGAAGACUUCUGCUAAUAGAGAGAUAUUUACUAAAGCUGUUAUCUGGUAAUGAUAAUGUUCUCAAAAAAAUAGUGCAUUUUCCUAUACAAUGUUCGGCCCAGCAGACAUUGAGAGGUGAGCUUUUACGAGGUUAUUUCCCAGUUCUGCCUCUCAUUGUAAUGCAAAUGAAUGAAGAUUUUAAAAAUAUGGUAGCAAAAGUGAGCUCUUUGUGCGCAGUGCUGUUUAUGAUCCCCAAUCCAAGUUUGGUCAAAGUUUUCUUCUGGACCCUAAAUGCAGUAUUUUCACUGCAGAGGUAUAUGCGGCCCUCGAGGCCUUGA